AUGAAGAAGUUAACCGAGUAAACCAUGAAAUAAAUAAUUUAACAAAUUCAAUUAUUGAAGUUCAUAAUAAGAAAUUCUUUAUUACUCAUAAGCUUUCAUUGACUAUGAUAGAUGGUAAAGUGGCAACAACUUUAACUGGCAGCUCUUCUAUGUCCGUGUGCUUCAUAUGUGGUGCUAAGCCAACGGAGAUGCACAAUUUAGACGAAUUGGCAAUCAGAGCAAAUUCGGGAGAGGCUUUAAAAUUUGGUAUUUCACCUCUGCAUGCGCGCAUAAAAUUUAUGGAAUGCAUAUUACAUAUCGCUUACAAUAAAAGCUUCGCAGCAUGGCGAACAAAUAAAGAAACCACAAAAAUAAAAGAACAAGCCAAGGCCACAAUUCAAAAAAGACUUAAAUUUGUAUUGGGAAUAAAUGUUGAUGUGGUUAAACAAGGAAUGGGUUCCAGCAACAAUGGGAAUACAGCUCGACGAUUUUUUGAAAACCCUCAAAUUACAGCUGACAUAACAGGAGUAAAUGAGCAACUGAUUCAUCGGUUCAAAAUUAUAUUAUCCACAAUAACUUGCAGUCAGGCAAUAGACGCUGAGAAAUUCCAAAUAUAUUGUAUAGACACGGCAAAAUUGUACAUUGAUUUGUAUGGAUGGUACUACAUGCCCAUCACAGUGCAUAAAGUUUUGAUACAUGGUAGCAAAAUUGUAUCUGAGGCCAUUCUACCUAUAGGAAUGUUAUCAGAAGAAGCGCAGGAAGCGAGGAACAAAGAUUAUAGACGUUAUAGGCUAUAUCACUCGCGCAAGACUGGGCGCUCUUCUACUAACGAAGACGUAAUGCAUCAUUUGUUGAUAUCCUCCGACCCAUACAUCAAUUCAUUUAGAACGAAAUUGAAGCUUAAAAAAUUAGAUUAUCACGAAGAUGUGAAAAAGUUGUUAAUAAAUGAAAUAGAGUGAAACUGUAAAAAUUUUUGUAUUGGAGUUGUAUGGGGGGUGGGUGUUACAGUGGGCGGAUUUUCUUCAUAUUUGCAAAACAGCAUUUAAUAGAUGUUAUAUGCAUUUUUGCGAAAAAUAAACAUUCUAGUUACAAAUUUACAGAAGAUAUGGCAUUUUUGAAAUAUCAUUUGUAUGGG